UUUGGCGCAAUUAAGACGCUUGAGAGAGAGGUAUUUCAGGGAUCGGGCAGAUGUUAGCUGAGAGUGAUGAAUGGUUGAUUAGUCGUUUCCGACUACCAAGACCAAUUCUGUUGCAUUUAUGCAACAUUUUGGAGCCUAAUCUGACAAGGCCAACAAGACGCAGCCAUGCCAUCCCUGCACAUCUACAGGUACUAUCGGUGCUUAGUUUUCUAGCCACAGGGACCUUCCAGCGCGAGAUAGGUGACAGGUCCGGCAUUUCACAACCAACCAUGAGCCGCAUCCUCCCUGCUGUGCUCAAUGGUAUUUUAAAACUAGUGCCAGAGUACAUCACAUUUCCCUAUAACGCACAACGGCAGGUAGAGGUGAUGCAGGGAUUCAGUGCAAUUGCGAACAUGCCAGGUGUCAUCGGUGCCAUAGACUGCACACACGUAUGCAUCAAGGCUCCAUCUGGUGAUGCAUUUGCUUACAUAAACCGGAAAAACUUUAAUUCCGUUAAUGUGCAACUGAUCUGUGAUGCAAAGUGUGUGCUGUUAAACGUUGUGGCACGGUGGCCUGGUGGGACGCAUGACGCAUUUAUCCUGCGUAAUAGCGCAGUUGGCACGCGUUUGGAGGAUGGAGCUGUGAGGAACGGCUGGCUCAUUGGGGAUAGGGGUUACCCACUGACGCCGUGGCUUAUGACCCCACUGACCAACCCGCAGACACCACAGGAGCUGGCAUACAAUGAGGCGCACUCUGCUACUCGGGCUGUUGUGGAGCGCACAAACGGGGUCUUAAAGGCAAGAUGGCUCUGCCUGGACAAUAAAGGUGGUACCCUUCUGUAUGCACCCGGGAAGGUGUGCAAAAUUAUAUUAGCCUGCUGUGUCCUGCACAAUGUGGCCAUUAAACAGGGCCUUCCACUGCCUGAAGUCCCCAAUGCAGAGGAACGACUGCCUCCGGAACCAGCUCUUGGGCCUCAAAAUGCGCCUGCUAUACAGACACGCCAGCGUCUUGUAGAGCAAUUUUAAGGACCUCAUCCGUAAGGACAGCCGGAUCACCUCUUCGGCCUCGGUACCUGGGUGCAGCAGGAGCAGCAGCGGCGGCAGCAGGUGGUAGAGCCACAUCCUGGGAGGAGCACUCGCCAGCUAGAAAUGAGAC